CUGCGAUCGUUCUUCUUGAGCUUCGUUGUUUUGUGAAUUGAAAACGACUUAAAGAAUAUACGUCGCAUUUCGAUUUCCGUUCUUGGUAGAGUAAGGUCGUUUCCGUGAAAAAGUAAAGUGGUCACUCUACCAUCUGUAUACUUAAAAAAAAAAUAUACAGUGCAAAAGAGCAACACCAUCUUGGUUUUUCAACGUAAAUUGGAAAGUAUAUUUCCAUAGAAUCUUGUAGAAGAUUAUAGAAACACCUGAAGAUAGUGGUUGUGGAGAAAAUUCCUCUGCCCAGCCGACUAUUAGACAACGUAAUUUUGUCUAUAAAAUAGAAUGCCUUAUAUUUUGUAUAUUUAAAAGAUACUUUUUAGAAAUACGUCGUAGAAAGGUUAACAAUGGAUUUUGAUACGUUGUUAAGCGUUGCAGAAAAGAACGAAGUUAAUAAGCAAACCGUUGCCUGUUAUCAAACCAAAUUUACGCCUCUGAAGAAGCAAAAUAAACAAUCUAAAACAUUGUCGGAUAAUAUCAAAAAAUUUUUAGCCAAAAAAGAAGAAGAAGAGAAGAGGAAAAUUCUUGAAGAAAAGAAAAAAAGAGAUAAUUUACUUGCCUUACGGGACCACAAAGCUCAAAGUCGUAUCAACAAACAUUUGAAAGUAUGUAAGGCUGCAAACAAGUCCGUUUUAGCAGAUGCAAUAGACAAUGAGAAUACAGCUGUUACUAUAGCAGGCCCUUCUCAACCAGACGAGGAUGAUUAUGGAUACGUCUCUCAGGAGGCAUCUGCAUUUUAUAAUCAAUUAAUGAAUAAGUAUAAUAAUUUGCCUCCUGAGAAACCUCUUUUUAGUAGCAGCGGAAAAAAAACUGCUAAAGAUAUUGCAUUGACCAAGGAUAGAGUAAAGCAAGCUUUAAAACAACAAGAAAUUGAUGAUUCUCUUGGUCAUAGAAGAAGAAAGCGAGCAUUGACAGGUGAUGAUCAGAGUGACAAAGUGCCUGAAAAGAAAGUUAAGGAACAGGAUAAGCCGGAAAAAGAAGAAAAGGAAGAAAAAGUGAAGGUCAAGAAGAAACCUUUACCACCUCCAAUGGAUUUUGGAGAACUUUUAAAACUUGCAGAAAAAAAACAACACGAACCAGUGAUGAUCGAAGUCAAACCAAAAGUUGAAGAAGAGAGAUUGAUGACUAAGAAACAAAUGAAGGAAUAUAUGAAAGAAAAAGAAUGGAGAGAAAGAAAAGAACAAUUAGCUAGAGGAAUAGAUGUAACGAAAAAAACUAACGUUACCAUGUCUGAAGUUAAUAAAUCAAAUAAAUCGCUUACGUCUAAAAUUACAAAACCGAACGACAAAAGUUCUGUAGAUUCUUCUUCUCUGCAGAAUAAAAAUUUGUCUUCUAGUGCAACGGUGCAAAAUAAAAAAAUUCCGACUAAAUCUAAUAACAUUUUAAGCGAAAAAAGUAAUCUUAUUAGCAAACCUACCGCUAAUGUAACGAAAAAUUCUAUGAAAGAUGAGUUAUUAGAAGAACGUAAAAAAUUAGAAGCAGAAAAACGUAAGUUGGAAGAAAUGCGUAAAGCGAUAGAAAAGGAAAAGAUGCAAUUAGCGCAAAGUAAAAUAAAACAGGAAGAAUCCAAAUCGUCUGUCAAGAAUUCUAACAAAAUUUUAUCAUCGACAAAAAGUAUAGACAAACAAGCUUUAUCCAAAGAUAAUAAAUCGAAACAAGCGUGUAUGUUAAAUGGAAAACCGAAACAAUUUCCUCCAUCGGAUGUUAAACCACUUAAAAACAAAGUUCCAGGUGGAAAAGUUGUUAAGAAACCAGGCUUUUCUAACAGUCGUCGCAUAUAUGAUGAUGAUGAAGAAUAUGAUUCUGAAUUAGAUGAUUUUAUCGAUGAUGGUCCAGAAGAAGAAGGUCAAGAUUAUAGUAAAUAUAUUAGCGAAAUAUUUGGUUACGAUAGAAGCAAAUAUAGAUAUGUGGAUGAUGAUGAUGAUGAUAUGGCAGCAAUGGAAAGUAAUUUUGCGCAGCAACUUAAAGAAGAACUUGUAUCUACGAAAAUAGGUAUUAUGGAAGAUUUAGAAGAUAUUCGUAUGGAAGCGUUAGAAAAAAAACGAAAAGCUCUUUUGAAAAAGAAAAUGAAAAAGUAGUAAGCUGUAUAUUUCUGACAAUGUCGGAUGAGUACAAACUUAACCCUUUCGCUGUGCUAUGCUUAAAUAAUUAAUGAAGUGUUAUGAACUCUGUGAAUAGAAUAUGUUGCUCAUAAAGCACAUUUUUGACAGUAAACAUGAAGUUUUUACAAAUAAUACAAUGUAUUCCUAAACAAAUUAUAUUCAUUGGUAUCAAACAUUACAUUUAUUUUUAUUAUUGUACAGUUUUCUUAAGCAAGCUGUAAUUAUUUGAGUACGUAUAUAUAUAUUCUUCAUAGCGAAAGGGUUAAUUAGCUGAACUAUUUCUUUUUGUAUUAUAAAAACAAAAUUG